GAAAAAUGGCGACCUCGUUGACAGGACGAGGUCUAGCCUUCAUCAGGACGUUACCGAACCUGGUACAUUCACGGUUGCCAUGGUUGGCGGCUCCCCAGCAGUUGUCCUGUUUUCACACCAGUGUCUCUUUAGAGGGACGGAAAUGGGAUCAAAAAAAUCUGAAAGUUUAUCCUCCUCAGUUGCCAGAUGAACCACGCAGACCAGCCGAAAUCUAUCAUAGCAAGAGGCAGUUCAAAUACAGCAAAGACAAAUUGUGGUAUUUGGCCAAUCUGGUCAAAGGAUUGAGCAUUGAUGAAGCAAUUGCCCAACUCGAAUUCAAUGACAAGAAAGGAGCCAAGUUCAUGAAAGAGGUUCUCCUUGAAGCUCAGGAGAUGGCUGUUAAAAACCACAAUGUAGAGUACAAGUCCAACCUGUAUAUAGCCGAGUCCAUGUCUGGAAAAGGUAAAUACCUGAAGAGGAUCCGAUAUCACGGCAAAGGCAUGUUCGGCAUUAUGGACAAAGUUUACUGUCAUUAUUUUGUCAAACUCGUCGAGGGUCCUCCGCCCAAAAAGACACAAAAGACCAGUUUAGAAGCAGCAAAAGAAUAUGUCCAGGGACUCAAGAGCCGUACGGUCAUCCACAGUUUAUAAACCAAUGUCUAAUCAAUAUCAGCUUUUUCUAGUCAUAUGUGUGAGUGUGAAUGUAAAUAAAAGGAACGAAUGAACAACUCA